AUGGCGUUUGUUGUUCAGGUGGAGCUGGCAGUGGAGGAGUGGCCUGGGCAGCCCGCAGCCUGUGCGGGGCAGGGUGGCCGGGGGCCUGGAGCGCCGGCAGGGCAGAGGAGAGCAGGGAAGGGGCGCUGUGGAGCCCCGCAGCUCGUUGGCAGUUCUUCGCUGAAACGUGUCCAGCUCCUGGUUGUUCCUGGAGGUGCCCCCCAGCCAGCAGGGAGCUGGAAGAAGCUGCUGGCUUGUUGCCCAGGUGACCCCUGGGCAGAUGUGUGGGUCAGACAGCAAGAGUUGUGCCGGGAGUCGGCGCCGGUGGAUAAAUGGAAGCAGCUGUCCCGGCUCCAGCGCAGUGUCAUCCUCUUCCUCUUCGCCUUCUUGGCAGUCUGUGGAGUCAUUUCAUACACAAGCAUGGGAGAACCCUGGAAAAGUCUAACAAACAAGUCACUGGAUGAUCAGAGAGCAGAACCAGAAAUCCCUGGAUUAAAGCUGGCUAAUCCAGCUGUUCUGCCAGCACCCCAGAAAGCAGAUGCCAACCCUGGAGACUACCCAGAGCUUUCACCACAGAAGCCACCCAAGGCUCCCCCCCUUCGGCGCGGCCCCUCCAGCCUCCAGGUCAGGGCUCCGCGGCGGGACGUGCGCCUCAGGGCCCGCCAGGAGAGCAGCAGGGCUGCAGGAGAGCCAGUCCAGCCUGAGAAAGAGGAGAAAACUGAGAAAUCUGUCAUCAGCUGGAGAGGAGCAGUGAUAGAACCUGACCAGAGCACUGAACCUCCAUCUAGUAAAAUAAAGGAGCCAGAAAAACCUUCAUCUGUGGAAGCUGAAGACCAGAAAGAACCAGUGCCCGUGACCGAGCGGCAGCUGGCUGUGGUGGAAGCGUUCCGCCACGCCUGGCGGGGCUACAGGGACUUCGCCUGGGGCCACGACGAGCUGAAGCCUCUCUCCAAGUCCUACAGCGAGUGGUUUGGACUUGGGCUGACCUUAGUUGAUGCCUUGGACACCAUGUGGAUUUUAGGCUUAAAAGAAGAGUUUGAGGAAGCAAGAAAAUGGGUAGCAAACGAUUUGGUAUUUGAUAAAAAUGUGGAUGUGAACCUGUUUGAGAGUACUAUUCGUAUCCUGGGGGGCUUGCUGAGCACCUACCAUCUCUCUGGAGACAGCCUCUUCCUGGAGAAAGCUAAAGACCUGGGGCAGAGGCUGCUGCCGGCGUUCCGGACGCCCUCCAAGGUGCCCUACUCGGACGUGAACCUGGGCCGGGGCACGGCGCACCCCCCGCGCUGGACCUCCGACAGCACCGUGGCCGAGGUCACCAGCAUCCAGCUGGAGUUCAGGGAGCUCUCCCGCCUCACGGGGGACCAGAGCUUCCAGAAAGCUGUGGAUGAGGUGAUGAGGCAUGUCCACACCCUCUCAGGGAAGAACGACGGCCUGGUGCCCAUGUUCAUAAACACCAACAGUGGGCAGUUCACCCACCUGGGUGUCUACACUCUGGGAGCCAGAGCUGACAGCUACUACGAGUACCUGCUCAAGCAGUGGAUUCAGGGGGGGAAAAAGGAGAAUGAACUCUUGGAAGACUAUAUGAGAGCCAUAGAAGGAGUGAAAAAGCAUCUUCUCCAGAGAUCACAACCCAAGAAACUCACUUUUGUAGGAGAGCUUGCUCAUGGCCACUUCAGUGCCAAGAUG